CAAAAAAAAAAACUAGAGAGAACUCAGGCUAACUCGGAUUUUUUUUUCCCAGUAACGAGCUCAUGUGUAAAAAUGGAACCCUAAACCAUUGUCUGCAAAAAACUUCGUCUUGCAAUUUGUAGUGUUUCCAUCACAUCGGAAAAUCUCUCCGGUGCGGUUGUAGCGUUUUGCUCUCCAUCACCUCCGAGUGAAAAAAUGUUGAAGUUCCUAUCAAAAGUGAAGAUCGAGUACAAUGCGCUGGACCCGCGAAUAGCAUCGUGUAUGGAGUUUAUGGCACAGUGCAACUCACGCAAGGCGAGGGAAUCAAACCCUACGUGCCAGGUGGAGGUGAAGCGCCGAACCGACGAACACCCGCCGCAGAUCACGGUGACCUUCGUCAACGGCGUCGAGCAAGCCUUCGAUGCGACCUCAACCCCUGCACAGAGCAUAAGGACCAUGAUUCUUGAAAAAGGCCAAACCCUAGAGACCGAGCAGAUGUUCCGAGAAGCUGGUGAGUCAUGGCCCGUCAUCAUUCCCAAAGAAGAGCUAUCUCAGCCCGCACCUGGCGUCAAGCCCAGGAAAGCAGAGGAGAAGAAACAAUAGUCAUGUAUUGUUGAACCUACCAACAGCCAGAAAAUGUUCCAAUUUUCUCACACAUUCUCUCAUUUCUUUUUGGCGGGGAGAGUACAUGACAUGAGAUCACGGCUGUUCUGUGCUUUGCUGUAUUUUAGAGUUGAAUUAUUGAUAUUGAUUAAACAAAUAUGCAUGUGACUCGUGUAAUAAUUAUUGUUUCUGAAUGCAAAAUUUUGAAACUGCAGUAAUUUCAUCCUAGAAUUUGUUUUGCUCACUGUAAGCUCUUAAGCUUAGUUAUAUUUUAGGACAAAAAGCUGUCAAAUGAUACUAGAUUAUUAUCCAAAUGCAAACUAUGCAAGAGAUGGUCUUUGUUGACCUUUGAAAUUGGGAUUAGAGUAACUAUUGUAAUUCAGAGGGGGAUUCCAGUAAUUAUAGCAUGGCUUGCAUCCCUUGGUGUGGUUUCUUCCUGGUCUGGCUAAUAAAAUUUUAAAAUUUU